CCAACUACCAAAGUGAAAGUUAAACAAAGUUUGGAACUGUUCAUUUUAACAUGGCAAAUUUAUUCGUCGCAUAUGUUUUAUGGUUCUUUGGUGGAGCUUGGGGAUUACACCACUUUUAUCUUGGACGAGAUAGACAUGCCUUUAUCUGGUGGUCGACUUGGGCUGGAUGUUUCGGACUUGGUUGGGUUCGUGAUCUCUGGCGGUUACCAGAGUAUGUUUAUGCCGCAAACAAAGAUCCUGCUGUUUCCUUGCAAGCUUUGAACGAAAAAGCAAAGCGAUAUCCAACACCUCCAUUUAAUGUUGUAAGAUUCGCAGGAGAAGUGACAGUUGGUUUCUUAUUUGGCAUACUGAUUCGAAUUUGUAUUCCAGAUGACUUUGUUGAAUUGGUCAUUGGCCGUAUUUUGUCAAUAAUUGUGCCUCCAUUAGCAGUAACAAUAGGAGUUCAUUUAGUUGGAAAUGUAAGUCCAGAAAAAGUUUCUUUCAAAUGGGCAUUAUAUGGAGCAUACACUUCAGUACCUUUGUUGUUAUUCGAUUCAGGAAAUAACUUGGUAUAUUCUUCAAUACUUUCUGCAAUUGCAGUAAACUGGAAGGGAAAAAACUGGAACAGAGACUAUUUAGAAAAGCGUGGACUUUGCAAACGAAUAUUUGUGUUAACUUUCUGUGGAUUGAUAUAUUUAUCACUUUGGUCAAGUGCAAUAUAUUUUAAUGCAACAAUUACAACAAAAGAAGGAGACGAAGUUCCACUACGAGAGGCUAUAAAUAACUUUUUUACCUCCCCUGCAUGGGCAGAUACUAAAGAAUCAUUUAGAAAUUUAUAUAAAUAUUACCAAGAACAUGGCUGGGAAAAUUUAUAUAACAAGAUAGUAGAUUCUUUAGAUCCAUUAGGAGAAACUAAAGCAUAUAAGGAUUUAGGUCUGCAUGAAAAUGCUACAGAAGAAGAGAUUAAGAAAUCAUAUAAAAAAUUAGUGAAACAAUGGCAUCCUGAUAAACACAUGAAAGAGACAGAUCCUGAUAAAAAAGCUGAAGCACAGAAAAGAUUUAUAGAAAUACAGGAAGCAUAUGAAACAUUGUCAUCAAUAAAGAAGAAACGAGCACGACGAAGUAAAAAAUCAAGAUCAACUAGUCAAGAUCAUGGAGAUCGCACAGAAUUAUAAACUUUUAAAUUAAUAUGUUCUUAAAGAAUGCAAGAAAUUGUUAUCAGUUUAAAGAUGUUUGACACAUCUAGGCCCAUGCCCAGAUAAUUUCAAAUUGGGGAACUUGUAAAAAUAGGGGUUCUUUUUAGGGGUGUUUUUUGGGGUUGAAAGGAUAUAUAUAUUCUUUGUUCAAUGUACUUUAUGUUUUAUGCUUAGUUUUCAUAGUAAAAAUACAUAGUCAAACAAUGAUUAUUGUUAUGAUCUUUUGUGAGAAAAAGCUCUAAGGGUAUGGGUCUGCCAUCAUUUCAUUGACAUUUUUCAUUACGUUCAUGACAGUACAUGUAGCUGCAGUAUAUUUCUCCAUCAACCAAAACAUUGUGAAUAUUUGAAAAAUGAUCUGUUGAUUCUUUUCUGUCCCAAGACCUACAUAGUCAUGUACUUGUGGCUUCAUAGCUUGAAUCAUACACUCAGAGAAUCUCUUGCAUGUCCAGUACCAAAUAACAUCUACUAUGUUCUUGCUGUUAGGCAAAUAGCAUCUACUAUGUUCUUGCUGUGAGGCAAAUAGCAUCUACUAUGUUCUUGCAGUUAGGUUUUACUUCAAAUCUAUUUUGUUGUUUUCUAUGACUUUGCUUUUUGUAUCCAAUCUUGCUAAAUUGGUAUAUGAAAAAAAUGUUAAAGGUUCAAUGAUAUCAGUUUAUGUUUAAGGAUAUAUAAAUGGAGUGAGGCAGAGGUUUUGAAAUGUUGUCUGUUUUACAAAUAUGCAUGUAAUUAAUAAUGUAUCAUGAUUUCACCUAAUGGUACUUAUAUUUAAGCUUGAAAAUAAAAUUAAGAACAAUCUGAAUGUAUCAUGUAUCAUGUGUAUAAAGAUAACGAUGAGAUGAUAAUCCAUUGUGAUAUACAUUUUGAUGUAAUGGUUUUUUUAGUUUUGAAAGAUGUAAGUACAUGAAGUACAUGUAGAUUAUUUUUUUGUUUAUUUUAAAAGGGCUAUUCCUGAAAGUUAAAAUUCUGGGGAAGCACAUUUUGAAUCUAUAAAUUGAUGCUUAAAUGACCCAAAAAUAUUCCCCUGCCAGUUUUUAAAGAAAAAAUAUUUUUAAAAAUUGAGGGACAAACAGUAAUUAAUCAUUUACUGUUUUAGAUAAAGGAUAUUUUAUGUUUCAGGUACAAUUAAUAUUUUGAAAAUAGUAAGGUUGAUAACAGUAGAAAAACAAAUUGAGGGAUAGGAAUCCUCCUAAAUAUAUGUAUACUUUAUAAAAGGUAAAAUAUACAACAAAUUGUUAUUCCUUUGAAGUUUCAUUUACUUUACAAAUAGUUUUUGCGUGCUAUAAUUGCUCAGAUACUGUUGUAAGAAUAUAUGCAAAGAAAUGUUUUUGACUGUUUUGUAAAUUUGAAAUAAGAAUGGUUGUAAUGAGCUAGGCCAAAGUGAAAGAUGAUUAGAAUACAGAUCCUUUGACCAAACUUUCCUUACAAGGAUCUGACAACACACUGUUUUACAUUCUCUUCUGAAAAUUAUUACAUCAACCAAUGAAAUUUGUACCUUGAAAUUUUGAAGGAGUACAUGUAUAUUAUUACAACAAAACCUGAGAUCCAGAAAAAGUCUUCAAAACAGAGAGUAAAACAGAAUGGCGUUAAAUCGUCGAAAGAGGAGCUUGAACACAGGAACUGUAUUUUGAUUAGAUCAAUGUUAUAUAGUCAAAUUAAAAAUUAAUGAGUUCAGUAAAGACUUAAAUAUAAAUAUAUCAGAUAAUUAUCAAAAGUACAUUGUAUGAAAAAUCACUCCCGCUUGAAGUCAUAGACUGCUGGUGACUUGAGGUGUUAAAAUUCAGAAUAAUGAUCUUGACCCUGUCUUUGACAAAUAUACACCAAGUCAGGAGCCUCUGGCCUUUGUUAGUCUUGUAUCAUUUUUAAUUUUAGUUUCUUGUGUAUAAUUUGGAGUUUAGUAUGACGUCCAUUAUCACUGAACUAGUAUACAUAUUUGUUUAGGGGCCAGCUGAAGGACGCCUCCGGGUGCGGGAGUUUCUCGCUGCAUUGAAGACCCAUUGGUGGCCUUCGGCUGUUGUCUGCUCUAUGGUCGGGUUGUUGUCUCUUUGACACAUUCCCCAUUUCCAUUCUCAAUUUUAUCUUUUACCACUUGAAUAUCGAGAGAAUUUUUUUUGAUAGAAUCACUCACAUUCACCAGUAUUCUUUGUGAAAAGCACUAUCAAGAGGGAUUUUCAAUUGAAUCACCUUGGACAUGUUGUAUAUAUAUAUACAUCUAUAGUAUUUGAACAGUAGGAAAACAAUGCUUUAUUUUCAUAAGAGCUCUUCAUUGCUAUAGAUACAGUAGUUUCUAACAUUGAUAAAGUUAAAUUUGUUCAUGGUUGUUGUAUGUUAAUGCCUUUUGCCUACAGCUACAUAUAAGUCCAGCUGUUAGACAGUGUUAUCCAAUUAAUGAAAACCAUUUAUUUGUACAUUUUUAUCUACUUGUUAUUCUACAAACAAGGUUCUUGUCAAUUGAAAUACGAAGUUUUCAUUUAUGUUACAAUAUUAUUUUUUUUCAUUUUGAAUAAAUCAUGAAAGCAAUUUAUCAUCCAUUUUGCUAUUAACCACAGCAGUAUUUUAGUUUAUGGUUACACGUAUCAGUCCAAAACCAUCUUUUAUUUGUUUUAAUUGUAUCCUUCAUUGAUGUUUGUUAUUUACUUGCCUUUUGCCAUCAAUUUUUGUAGAAUUAACAUGAUCAACAAAAUCAAAAUGCUGCCACCUUCUUACAUACAAAUUCUUGAUGACCUAUUUUAUAGGUGUUUUGUGCCAAUAUGCUGUAAAGUGCAAGUGUUUUGCAAGGUUCUUUUUGUAUUAAAAUUGCAAAAAAAUAUCUGCUCAAACUAAAAGAAAUAAGAUCAGGGAUAAGAAAAGAACAAAAAAUGAAACUUAAUACAAAAUAAAAAGAAAUGGUUUAGCCUUAGAAAAGAAAAGGUCAAAAAUCAUAAUUUGACAAAAAAGGGUUUGGUCGUAGAAAUUGCAAACUUCUUAAGAAUAAACCAAUUUACAGUAUGUUUAUGUUUACUCUCGGAAAAAAAAUUGAAUAGUUAAAAUAAGUUGAACCAUUAAUCUCUAGAGCUAAACCUAUUUUAUUAGUUGAACUAGAGUAUCGUAAAUUCAGAAAUUUAUGUGAUGUUUUUAUUAUUUCAAAAACUGCAACCAGAUAGGUGUCACAAAAAUAAAAAUUCACAUUCUUAAUUUUGAUAGCAUUAUUUGUAUGCAGCAUUUCCUGAAAUUGUAAUAAUUAAUUUUGCAUAUAUGUCCAUUUUUCAACAAUCGCAAUGAUAAAUGCACACAGAAAUUUCUGAAUUUACAGAUCUUGUAUAUUAUAUAUUCAUAUACUCACACUAUAAGAGGGAAACACUCAAUCUUUGUAGCAGCAGCCGAAAAUUCUACAGGUCAUCAAAUUACUUAAGUCAUUAUAAAGAUAAGAAGAUGUGGUGUAUAUGACCAUUACAAUAUUACAUCACAAACAAUCUUAAAAUCAAAAUUGAUCAUGAAUUAUACAGAAUUGUUUAUGAGUACUUUUCCUCCAAAGAUUUUUUUGUGAAAAAUUUUGUACUGUGGGCACUUCUUAUGAUAACUUGAUCUGUUCCAUUAAAGAAAAUGUAAUUAACCAUCUCAAAAAAAGUGCAUUAAAUGAUAAUGUUGUUUUGAACCAAAUUAUGACUUUUUUUUAAAUAAAUGAACUAUGUGACUGUUAUAUGAUUUUCUAUUAUUUUUCUAUUUUUGGAAAUUGUAAUCUCUUUGGCUAGACUUUUGUUAAUUAAUUUCAGAAUAGAAAUAAUAAUUUUAUUUGGUUUAAGUUCACAGUAUCAUCCUUUGGAGAUAAACCAUUAUUUCUUUUAAUUUUAUUUUCAUUAUGUGAAGACUGUGUUAUAUUCAAUAAAAUAGACUGGGAAUGAUUACUUCAGGUUAAUCAAUGUCUACCACAUGCUGUCAUAUUAAAUAUUUUUAUAAGUUUAUGAAUGAAUUUUUUGUGUUUACAAUGGUCUGAUUUUAUAUGCAAACUCAGAACAGAUUUCUUAUACAUAUAUUGUAUUUUCUUUAAAAAAGCUUGAUCUAAUAUUUAAUGAUUGUUAACCUUUUUUGCAUUGCCAUAAAGUGUCGCUGCCAAUUGUUUCCAAAAUUCUUUAUUUUUCUUUAAUUUUAUGCAGCAUUUUCUUAUGAAUUGAAAUGCCUCGAUGGUCUCGUGGUAGCUUGUUUGCCUCGAGUGUGGGAAGUCGUUGGUUCGAACCCCGGCCGGUCACACCAUAGACUUUAAAAUUGGUAUUUGCUCUUCUCUGCUAAGCACGCGGCAUUAAGAAGUAAGAGCAAAGACUGGUCAGCUCGGAGUUAGAAUAAUGUGUCCGGGUAAGGUGACAUGUCUUCCUGCGAACUGUUACCUUGUGAACUAGCAUGUUAAAAAUCCGGCUCAGUGUGUUGAUUUAGUACAAAGCAGUGUUAAUAUUCAUAUAACAUUAACAUGUUCUCGUCCUGAAUAUGCAUAUUGAUUUGCCACUGGACAUUAAGCAGCCAUCCAUCAUCAUCAUCUUAUGAAUUGCUCACCAUAACCAUAAAGAGACAAAAUUUUUAAUACUAGCAAUUAUAUAUAUAGACAGUGACAUGCUCACAAUCUUGUAAGUUUUAAUUGUCACCAUCACCAAAUCUAAGUUGAAUCUGUAAAAUUUAGAAUUUUUUAAUUCGUUUGUGUAAAAGUUUAUAAAUUUUGUGAUCUCGAGAUACUUUGUGUAGGUAUGAUCUGAAAUGAUUAACAAUAGCCAUAGUAGAAACUUAGGAAUCUCUUUCAUUGACUGACAUAUUUUUUGCUUUUUGUAUUAUUUCUGUACAAAUACUUGUACUUUUAAAAGUUCUAAUGUCAUACAUUUGUGAAAGUAUUUGUACCUUUAAGUUUUUUAAGGUUAAUUUUUAUUCAAAUUUUUUUUUUUUUAAGAACAUGUUGUUCCAAAAUUGUUUUGUAUGAUUAACAACUGAUGUAACAUCCUUGGAAUGAUUUAUAUGAGUUGUCCAUUUUCCCCUGAUACAGAUGUCUGCAUAUCCUAUUAAAAAAUCAAUCUGAUAAAAAAUGAAGGUACCUAGGGCUCAAUCAAAAUCAUGCAUAAUAAAUAUAAAAACUUAUUCUAGAAAUCCAAUGCAAAGAACAGAAAUCACUGAUUAUAAAUCAUUGUUGUGGGCUAUUUAAUACAUUUGUAUAUUGUUUUAUAAUACUGAAGUGAUUGAUAGCCUGGUCGUGUUUAUUUUACAGCCUACAGGGAUACUAUAAUGUUUGAAUUUGUUUUGUCAUAUUUGAAUACAAAUUAGAUAAUUUAAUUAUCUCCCUUAACACAAAUCUUUACUGGAAAGGUAUGCCUUCCAUAAAGUGUGAGAGAUCAGAUUUUCCCUGUACUUCCAAUAUAUAUAUAUAUAUAGCUUCUGUUACAAUUUUAAAAUGUUCAACACAUGUUCUUAUGCAUAUUCUGGAUAAGAAAUUAAAAGAGUUUUAAUUUCUCAUUUAAUGAGCAUGGUCAUAAGGGAUAAUACCAUCAUUAUUUUCCCCCUAUUGGUUUUUGUUAAAUUGAUUUUUUCCAAAACAUUGUGCAGAAUUAAUCUUUGAUUUCAAAUAAAGAAAUACUCGGCAUGAGUAAAAUAAUCCUGUUAAGGGACACUACUACAGUGAAAAUUUCACAUAACAUUUCAUUGCAUUUAAAGAAAAUAACCAUCAAAGGAAGUAAACCAAGCAACUUUUUAUCCCUUUUUUCCUGUUUACAGGCUUAAGUAACCAUGUCACUUCAAGUUUCCAAAAUAUACUAUAGGAACACCAAAUAAAAUGGAAGGUGCUUUUUUCCCACAACUGUCAAAUUCAAAAGGAAUAUUUUGUCCUACCUUUUUUUAACAUGAAACCAGGUGUGACGUACUAUGUUUUGGUGGUACUAUACCAUAACCUCUUGGGCUUAAUAAGGAGUAUUAACAAUAAAAGGUGAACAUUUUCUACAGUUGAAAUCUAAUCAAUGAAUUUUCAGUAAUAGUUUUUAACAUAGAGUCAUGUCAAGGUAAGAUGGUGAUGGUAUUGUAUGUUUUUUUUUUUGUAAUAAAAUGCCUUUUAUAGUAAGCAUAAUGUCCUCUGUGCUUUAUAUACUGUGCAUUACUUUACUUAUAUAGAUAUCAUAAGGGACUUUCUUUUAUUCAAUCAAAAAAUGUUUGAUUUUGAUACCACCUCACAUUUUUUGACAAUUUGUUUAUUAAAUUCAUGCUAUAGUACCAGUGAUAUCUGUAUCUAUUUUAAAUUCAUAAGCUACAUUCAUGUAUCAUAGCUGAAUAGGUUUUAGACAAUUAAAUGUCAGUAUUUGACUAAACCAAACAGUUUUCUACACCUUAUCAUGUAAUAGUGCUAGAUCGAUCUGUAUUUUCUUUAUUUUUUCCUUUAUUAUGAAUCUAAAUUUGUUUUGUUGACAUAUGUUUUGUUUUUUAUUGAUCUUUGAAUUUUAACUUAAUUCCAGCAAAUAUAGUAUGUAUAGUGCAA